UUGGUAAAUUCUAUCUCUAAAACUUACUCCGAAAAUUGGCUGUGAAAGAUACAGUUUUCAACUAAAAUGUCUUAUAGGGACUUGCGAAAUUUUACUGAGAUGAUGAGAGCAUUGGGCUACUCAAGGCUUAUUUCAAUGGAAAAUUUUCGAUCACCAAAUUUCUCCUUGGUUGCGGAGGUCUUGGUAUGGCUGGUUAAAAGGUAUGACCCAAAUGCUGAUUUACCAACUGAUAUUGAUACAGAACAAGACAGAGUGAUCUUUAUCAAGUCUGUUGCCCAAUUUAUGGCAACCAAAGCACAUAUCAAACUAAACACAAAGCGUUUAUAUGGUGCUGAUGGCUAUGCAGUCAAAGAGCUCCUAAAAGUCACUUCAGUUUUAUACGAUGCAAUGAAGACAAAUGUAACAGAGGACUCAGAUUCAGAUUCGAAUGUCAACCAAAUUUCAUUUGAUAUAUCAUCAAGGAUCAGUGAUUUGAAGCAAUGCAGAACACUUGCAUCUGAAAUAACAAUGAAAGGUGCCAGUCUUCAUGAUCUCCUGGGACGUGAAGUUGAUCUAAGGGAAAUGAGAUCGAUUGCCAUUUCCAAACCACUGGAAUUGAAUGAAUUGGAGAGUGGAAUAAGCAGUAGCAUUGUGAAUGUUAAGGAUGAGAUAAAGAAGACAAACCACAUGCUGGAUAACAUCGCUUCAGACGAGGCAAAUCUUGAGACAAAAAUUGAAAAGAAAAAAGCAGAAUUGGAGAGAAACCAAAAGCGAUUGAAGAGCUUAGAAAGUGUGAGACCAGCAUUUAUGGAUGAAUAUGAAAAAUUGGAAGUGGAAUUAAAGAGUAUAUAUGAGGUUUACAUGGAGAAGUAUCGCAAUCUGGCGUACCUUGAACAUUUACUGGAGGAAGUCAAUCGAACAGAACAGAAUAAAUUUGAGGAAACUGAGGCAAACUUGCGUGAAAUACAAGAGAAAAUUCGUAGCGAGGAGAAGAAAUCUUUACAGUCGGAUAAUUUCAACAGUUUGGAUGACUUUGUGGCCGAUGAUGAUGAUGACAAUGAUGAAGAGGAUGAUGAAGUUUUGAUUGAUACAAAUGGAAGACGGCCCCCUGGGGCUAAAUCAGAUGGGCCUCGUGUGGUUGGAUCCAUGGGUGGCGGAGACAUGUCUGACGAGGGUGAUAGUUCAUUGUCAUCCGGUGAUAGUGAUAUUGGAGUGGAUGAUGAUGAUGAUGAGGAUAUUAUCGAUGAUGAUGACGAUGUGGAUGAUAUCCGUAAUGCAGGAAGUGGAUCACAAGAUGGCGAAAGUUUGAAUGACAGCGAUGAUAACUUUUAAAUAUUGUACAUUGUAAACUAUAUAAUAUUGUAUUUAGUUGUGCAUAUUUCUAUAUGGCUGGAAAAAUUUGCAAAGCAUCCAAAUCCAUCUCCUCACUGCACUAAUAAAACAAUAAAAUGUGAAUUAAACUAAUUUAUUAAAACAAUAAAAUGUGAAUAGAUGGAAAUUGGAUUUGACUUUCUGUCUGACUUUGUGAAUGUUGCCUGGCUAAUGCAAUGCUUGAAAUGGUGGGGAAAAAGCAUUAAAUGCUUGUGAAUAACAAUCUCUUUGCUUUUGGAGCCAUUUUGGGAGAUAUUCUUUGAGAAAUUUAUGUUUUCCUUAUCAUAAAUCAAUUGUUGUAAUGUGUAUAUAAUGAAAUAUAUUAGUCAUUGGCCUAAUGUCAUGUGAGAUGGUAUAACUAA